GGGGGGUAUGUAGGUGUGGGUGUAUGGCCAGCCCUGGGCCUCUGGGGUUACACAGGAAUUCCAUAGGGAUGUCUGUGGGCCCACUGGGUGCAGGCAGGCGGGGGUGGGUGCCGAGAAGGUGGGGGAGUCCCGGUCCACGACGCGCCCCCACCCCCUGCAGGAUGGACCCCUUCGAGGACACUCUGCGGCGACUGCGGGAGGCCUUCAGCUCGGGGCUGACGCGGCCGGCCGAGUUCCGGGCUGCCCAGCUCAAGGCCCUGGGCUGCUUCCUGCGGGACAACAGGCAGCUUCUGCAGCAGGCGCUGGAGCAGGACCUGCGCAAGUCGGCCGCUGAGUCAGAGAUAUCCGAGAUCGUCAUCAUCCAGGGCGAGAUUGACUUGGCCCUCAGGAACCUGCGGGCCUGGAUGAAGGACGAGAAAGCGUCCACGAACCUGGUCACGCAGCUGGACUCCGCCUUCAUCCACAAGGAGCCCUUCGGCCUGGUGCUCAUCAUCGCCCCCUGGAACUACCCCCUGAACUUGACCCUGGUGCCCCUGGUAGGCGCCCUCGCAGCAGGCAACUGCGUGGUACUGAAGCCAUCGGAAUUAAGCCAGAGCACAGAGAGGGUCCUGGCCGAGGUGCUGCCCCGGUACCUGGACCAGGGGAGGAGCUGCUUUGCCGUGGCGCUGGGCGGGCCCGAGGAGACGGGGCGGCUGCUGGAACACAAGUUCGACUACAUCUUCUUCACGGGAAGCCCUCGGGUCGGCAAGAUUGUCAUGGCCGCUGCCUCCAAGCACCUGACGCCUGUCACGCUGGAGCUGGGGGGCAAGAACCCCUGCUACGUGGACGACGACUGCGACCCCCAGACCGUGGCCAACCGCGUGGCCUUCUUCCGCUACUUCAACACCGGCCAGACCUGCGUGGUCCCCGACUAUGUCCUGUGCAGCCCCGAAACGCAGGAGCGGCUGCUGCCGGCCCUGCAGAAUGCCAUCACCCGUUUCUACGGCGAAGACCCCAAGAGCUCCCCCAACCUGGGCCGGAUCAUCAACGAGAAGCAUUUCCAGCGGCUCCGGGGCCUGCUGGACUGUGGCCGCGUGGCCAUCGGGGGCCAGAGCGACGAGAGCGAGCGCUACAUCGCCCCCACGGUGCUGGUGGACGUGCAGGACACGGAGCCGGUGAUGCAGGAGGAGAUCUUCGGGCCCAUCCUGCCCAUCAUGAACGUGAGGGGCCUGGACGAGGCCAUCGAUUUCAUCAACCGUCGGGAGAAGCCCUUGGCCCUGUAUGCCUUCUCCAACAGCAGCCAGGUAGUGAAACAGGUACUGGACCGGACCAACAGCGGCAUCUUCGGAGGCAAUAAGGGCUUCAUGCACUUGACUCUGCCAACCCUGCCUCUGGGAGGAGUCGGCAACAGCGGGAUGGGAAGGUACCACGGCAAGUUCUCCUUCGACACUUUCUCCCACCACCGCGCCUGCCUGCUGUGCUCUGCAGGCCUGGAGAAGCUGAACCAAAUCAUCUACCCGCCCUACCCGGACUGGAAGAAGAAGCUGAUAAACUGGAUGUUGAGCACGCAGACCUGCACCAUUCUGUGA